AUGGAAGUUCUUCUGAUAAGGGAAAAGGAUCUUGGUACAACAAUGAUUCAAAGAGUUCUAACUGGAAUAAUGGUCCUAAAUCUUCUUCUGGAGCUAAUUCUUCUGUUGGGAACUAUAAGAGCUUUAAUCAUGUUGAAUGUCAAAUCUGCAGUAAAAAGGGGCACUCAGCUAGCAAUUGUUAUCAGCAUAUUGAAUGUUCUAUUUGUCAUAAGAGGGGACAUCCGAGCAAGCAAGUGUUUUCAAAAGGAGAAUGUCUCCAACAAUGCUAAUAGCUCUUCUACUGCUCAUAAUGGAAUGUCUCCAGAAUGCCAUGUGGCUCUUGAUUGUCAUCAUCGUGGGAACUAUGCCUAUCAAGGUGCGGAACCUCCAUCAACACUGUUUGCAAUGACUGCUCAAAAUCAAAGCAAUAUUGCUACCUCUUCCAACUCUCAGGACAACAUUGAAGAAGUGUGGAUUGGAGACUCAAGAGCCACUCACCAUAUGACAUCAGACUUGCGCAACCUCCAUAUUGCACAGCCAUAUGAGUCUUCCAAUACCAUCAAAAUUGGUAAUGGAGAAGGUCUUCAUGUUAAGCAUAUUGGAAAUACUCAAAUUACUCCUGCAGCUCACACAUUUGAUCUUCAUAAUGUGUUACAUGUUCCUAGCCUAGUUGUUAACUUGUUAUCUUUUAACAAGUUAUGUCGAGAUAAUCAUUGCUAUAUCAUUAUGGAUGAUGUUGAUAUCAUGAUGCAAGACAAGGCCUCAAGAAAAACUCUCUACGAGGGAAAGACAAAUGCUGAUGGUCUCUAUCUGUUCAAGUCUCCAAGAUUUUCAAAGUCUUCUCUUCCUUCGGUUUCUGCUACUGCUACUGCUUUUGUGGGAUCAUCUAUUUCUUCUUCCCUUUGGCACAAGAGGCUUGGUCAUCCAACUUCAAAUGUUGCCUCCAAGAUGUUAUCUCUGUCCAACAUUAAGUGCAUUGUGCACUAUAUCACUUGUCCUUAUACUCCCCAGCAAAAUGGUGUUGCUGAGAGAAAAAAUAGACAUCUUGUUGAAACCUGCAUCACUCUUUUGACAGCUGCUUCAUUACCUCAGCAUUUUUGGUUUCAUAUCAUUGCUCAUUCGGGUUAUCUUAUUAAUCGAAUGCCCUGCAGAUCAUUGCUUAUGUCUUCUCCAUAUAUUCAGCUUUUUGGUUCUCCUCCAGAUCUUUCCCAUUUGAAGGUUUUUGGCUUAGCUUGUUACCCCUUUCUUCGUCCUUAUGUCAAAAAUAAACUUGAAGCUAGAACCAUUCAAUGUGUGUUUCUUGGAUAUGCUCUUGGUUAUAAGGGUGUCUUUUGUUACAGUAUUUCCAAGAAUAAGUUGUGGUUGUCUCGUCAUGUUGUUCAUGAUGAGUCUCUAUUUCCUUUUCUUCAUGUGGUCUCUCCCAAACCUGCUCCUAUAUCUUCCUCUUCCUUUAGCUUUUCUAAAUCUUCUUCCAUUCCUCUUUCACCAGAACAAUUUGCUGCUCUUUAUCCAUCUUCUCCUGGCAUCCAUACUGCAUCUGAAGGGGGGAAUUUGAGAGGUGAAAUAGGAGGUGAAAAUGUUGGUGUGAGUAAUGAUACAGGAAGGAAUAAUGGAGAUAAUGCAAUUUUUAGUGAAAAUAUUGCAGGAGGUCAAAACGCAGGUGUUGGUGGUAAUGUUGGAGGAAGGGAUAAUGCAAAUGAUGUUGGUGAUUUUUCUUUGAAUCGUGAUGUUAAUGGUGGGAGUGUUGGUGAAAAUAUUGCUGGAAGUGAAAACAUUGCUGAAGUUGCAAAUGUUGUUGCAGAUAAUUUUUCAAACCAAUUUUCUGGUGAUAAUGUGCAACAUGCUCCUUUACCUUAUGAGUUACAGUUUAUUGAGGAUGAAGCUCAAUCAUACAAUAAUCACUCUAUGUUGACAAGAGCUAAAAAUGGGAUUGUGAAGCCAAAAACUUUUGAAGAUUUCUGUGCUUAUUCAUGCAUUGCAACUCAAAAUCUUGUGGAUGAGUUGGCCUUUUUCAGUGGAUUUUCUUCUGUUAUGGAGUUGCAUGAACCAGUUGAACCAAAAUUCUUUAAAGCUGCUGCAGGUAUUCCUGAAUGA